AGAUUUUUUUAAUACAAGACAAUCAGUUGCGCAGUGUUCAAUGGUCAUGUUAUUGUCAUUGUGUGAUUGGGUUAUAUUUAGUCGCUUUGGCAGUUUAGCGCAUUAGAAUCUGACUAGCAUUAAGUUUUAAGGAGUGAGCAGACAACAUCAAUAAAGGUUUUUCUUGAAAAAGAAAAAGAUUUAUCUUGUGCGCGAUGACCAUGUCCGAUAGCCCCUUGGAUAGUCCAUUAAACAUGAAUUCUGGAGCAAUAAAGUCAGAGACUCCACCUAAAAGACGGCGUGAAAGGACCACUUUUACAAAAGCACAACUUGACGUGCUGGAAGAUAUGUUUGGAAAAACUAUGUAUCCGGAUGUAUUUAUGAGAGAAGAAGUAGCUAAAAAAAUUAAUUUGGCUGAAGCCCGAGUACAGGUUUGGUUUAAAAAUCGACGUGCAAAGUUUCGACGCUCUCGUGAAAACCCUGGUCGACAUUUUGAUAAUAAUAAGUAUUUAGGGCGUGAGAAAUUAAUGCCUGAAGAUCUCAUUCGAACCUUUCCUAAAAGUAGUGGUGGCACUCCACACUCUUACCCAAAUACAAGCAAUUAUCCUCCGCUAUGGAAAUAUCCAGGUGCAGACCACAGUCCACCAUAUGCAGGAAAUAAUAUAAUUGAAGAACCGGUUUAUAGACAAUCAAACCCUUACGCUCCCAUCUCACCUUAUGAAUAUAAUUUUCCUAGUGGGAGACCACCAUACUUUACUCAGCCACCUUAUUAUAGUCCGUCUGCACCUAGUCAAGAUUAUCUUUCAAAUUCCGUUUCGGCGCCAUCAAGCACAAAUAGUAUAUCAAGUUUAUCUUUUUCGCAACAUGACACUAAAAAUGAAUUAAAUCUUCCUGCGUCUUAUUGGAGUGGAGCAGGGUAUAUGGGUGCGAAUAUGUAGUUUAAUUAUAAAGCACCUCAAAAAUGGAAAUCUAUUUCAGAUAGACACAACAAAAUUGAUUUAAAAAUCAAACAGUUGUACAUAGAAAAGCUUUUUUUACAAUUCAUUAAAAAAAGAUAUCCUUUAGAUUUAAGUCUAAGACCAAUGAACCAAUCGAUUGCGUAAAUUACAAAACUAAUUGGUUGUGUCUAGAAAACAAUUGUACAGAUUGGUAGUUUCAAAAUAUUACUACUGGACUAAAACAUUAGAACAACUCACAAGUUGUUUUAUUUGCAUUUUUAAAAUAUAUAUACCAUGUUUUAAAUUUUUAUCGUAGAACUAUUAUGCAGUUAUUUUUGUUCAACUUUUUAUUUAUGUAUAAAUCGAUAUGACACUGCUAUAUUACCAGUGAAAAUGUCGGUUUAGCAAAAUUUCAAGCCUUUAUGAAAAGGAAAAUGGCUGAAACAAUGAUUUUUUUAACAAUUUUGUUUUAACAAAUUUAUUUUGUUAAUAAAAAAAAUGUAGCAGCGAUCAAAAAUGGAAAAAUAUAUGUUAUUGAAACAACUUUUUAAUUUUCUAUUUAUCAAUUAACUGAUUUAACGUAUAAACCUGUUUUAGAUUUUUUUUGUAAAUAUAUUAUUACUGUAAUAGAAAUUCUAUAUUUUUAGGACAAGUAAAAUGUCAAAA